CUCUCUCUCCCCCCCCCCCCUCCGUUCUCAGUUCUGCUUCAAGGCGACUCCUAUCUGUUCGUGACGAUUGCAGCCCGAGCUGUUUCUUCCCUUCUUUGUCUCUCUGCUCUCAUCGUUGGCCACGGAAUUUGUCAAACUGCGUUCAACAUCUAAAUAGUAGUAGUUUUUGCUGUGCAAAUUGCAUAUACUGCUGCUACUAAGUCAUCGCAAUGCAGACAAGGACGGUUCAAGUAAAGAAUGUUUCAGAUCUAGCUACCGAGAGGGAGGUUCACGAAUUUUUCUCGUUUUCUGGAGAAAUCGAGCACAUUGAGAUUCAAAGUGAAUCGGGGAAAUUAAAGACAGCGUAUGUGACAUUUAAAGAUCCAAAGGCGCUUGAGAUUGCGUUAUUGUUAUCGGGAGCGACAAUAGUAGAUCAGAUUGUGAGUAUAACUCCAGCCGAGAACUAUGUACCGAAACAAGAGAUGGAGGAAGUAAUGGUGGUAGCAAGUGCUACAAAUGUUGCUCCUGUUGAAAAUAUUACACCAGAUGUUGAGGAUAAAGCAAACCCCACUAACAGUGGAAGAAUGUAUAUUAAUAGAGCACAAGAUGUAGUUACAAGUAUGCUCGCUAAAAGUUCAGCAAUUAGACAAGAUGCACUGAAUAAAGCUAAAGCGUUCGAUGAAAAGCAUCAGUUUACUGCCAAUGCAUCUGCUAAGGUUGCUUCUUUUGACAAGAGGGUUGGUCUUACAGAGAAAUGGACAAUUGGCAUUUCUGUAGUUAAUGAGAAGGUGAAGUAUGUUGAUCAGAGGCUUCAUGUUUCAGAUAAAACAAUGGCCGCAAUUCUAGCAGCUGAGAGGAAGUUAAAUGAUACUGGAUCAGCGGUCAAAACAAGCAGAUAUGUGACUGCUGGAACGACAUGGUUAAAUGGUGCCUUUGGUAAGGUGGCAAGGGCUGGACAACUUGCCGGUACGAAAACCAGAGAAAAGUUCCAUGUGGCUGUAUCUAACUUGACAGCGAAGGAGCCGCCAGUUGCUGCAUAAACCAGAAUUUGGUAAUCAUAGGUUACAUCAAGAGAUCUCUUUAUAUGAUGACAUUUUUUUGGAACAUGCUGCGAUGUCAAGCUGUUUGGCCUUGGAAACGGAAACACAGAGUUGCAAAACAGGAGGAGAGACAGGAAGGCACUGGUUGCUGUGUUUGUCUUCCUAAUCCGUCAGCAGUUUGUUUCACGUGGCAAGUGUUGUGAUUAAUUUUUAUCCAAUGCUUUAUUCUUUUGUCACUAUCUAUGGUUUGUCGAUGUUGCUUCUUUGUAAUUUCAGCAGUGGUAAUUCUGGUUUUCGUGUGGGAAGGAAAUUAUAGAUGCAAUGCGAGUGCUGUUCUCUUCACCUCAAAACAUUAGCUGAGCAUGUGCUAUGAGAUCUCUUACAUGUAUUCCUGUUACCAAUGCUUUUUAAAAAUUGUUGGAGAAAUUAUCUU